AUGGUGGCCAAGGAAUUUCUCGACUCGGACAGGGUCAACUUUCUAAUCUGGAGGUAUUUGCUAGAAGGGGACUAUCGCGAAACCGCCGCCAAGUUCCAAAAGGAAUGGCACGUAAACGAGCCACACCGAGAUUUUGCCUUUGCGCGUCAUGUCAAGAGCCGUGCACUCGUGUCCAUCGUCAACAGAGGAUUGAUCUAUCAUGCGCUUGAACGUGAAUAUGCACUCGGCAAGCUGCCUCGCGAUGCCGCCGGUGCAGAGACCGAGAUGGAGGUAGAGUCGCUGCAGGACGGCGUCUUUGGACCGUUGAGCUCGCAGCAGCCGGCCAAGGCGGAUGAAGGCGGGGGCGCUGCAGUCGGCGGCGACGUAGAAGCAUCACGGAAGGCCAUCCAGCAACAGCCCCAGCUACCGAAUGGCUCGCCGGCAAAGAAACCUCGUCUGAGCAACGGCUACGUAGACGCAUCCGCGUCCGCAUCCGCAUCCGCAUCCGCGCCCGCGGCCACGGCUGCCACGACAUCCACAACCACCACGUCCGCCACGACGCCCAUGGACAUUGAUUCGGGCCAUCACCAGCACCCUCACCCUCACCCUCACCCUCCCCCUCUCCAUACUCCCUUGUCCAACUCUCACGACAGCCAACACGACGCCAGCAACAACCACGCCUACCCGUCGCCGCUGGAAGGGGAGCAGCUGCCCCCGCCCAUCAUCCACACCGAUGGCCCGGAGCAGGGCACGCAGGUGGACAAGGUAGAGGAGUUAUCGCCAGACACCACUUUUAUCCGCCUCUUGAACGACGAGGGCCCUCCGCCCAAGGCCUCGGAAGCCACAGCUACGCCCUCGCCCUCGCCCUCUCCAGUAGGCGCCGAGAAUGCGCCUGUGUUGCUGCAGUGCGAGUGGAACCCUCGCGACCCAUCAAUGCUGGCGGCUGCUGGGACCGACGCGCUAGCCCGCGUUUGGACCAUCUGUCGCUCCUCCGCGGGUGCGACGACCGACGCCAAGGAUGGCAGAGAUCACGUGGCUCCCGUGGCCAAGGCUCUGAUCGAUCCGGACUCGCCGCGCACAACCACCGUCACGGCCAUGUCAUGGAUGUCCGACGGCACGGCCAUUGCGCUCGCCACGGAGUCGGGGUCGGCGGCGGCAGUGAGUGUGUGGUCGGCCGGCGGCGUCCACAUGCAGACCAUGGACGUGUCGGAGCCGCCUGUCAUAAAGCUCAGCUGGAACCCCAGCAACACCGCCCUGCUCGCCAUCUCACCAGAAAAGGGAGGCGCCCUCCUUACCGUCUACUCAUCCGCUCACUCGACCGUCUUGACCUAUGUCCUACCCGGCCACGACAUAGGGGCCACGCCGCUAGACGCAGCCUGGACCAACGACGCCGAGUUUUUGUUGGGCGGCGGCGAUUUGCUGUUAUGCCUUGACUGCACCGCUGCAGGCAUUGUUCAGGCGCGGAAAUUCGAGGCCAAGGAGGAUGACAGCUUUACCCAGGUACUCUUUGACUGGCGGUCAAAAUUGGCUGCCACGUCGAGUGACAAGGGUACUCUUGACCUGUGGGAUGAGUCGGGGCAAAGGCGAUCCAUUACGGCCCAUCAAGGUGCCAUCACCACCAUGGCGUGGCAACCUUUGCCGCCCAGCCAAGCCACUCCCGACGACGAGCGACUGAUUGCUACCGGCGGUGACGACUGCGCCAUUUUAAUAUGGAAUGCCAGGAAACCCGAAAGCAAAGCAAAAUGUUUCCUGACAAUGGACUCGCCAAUCGUGCGGCUGGCCUUUACCCCGGAUGGCGCCUUCAUCGCCGGUGCCACGUCGCGGCAAGUAUUAAUAUGGAAGGUGGAUAAUCACACGAUGCCGAGGGCAAGCUGGAACCGACCGCCGCAUCCAGGCUGGCUCAGCCCGAAUGGUAGCUCGGAGUCUGAUGAGGAGGAUGAGCACUGCAUGUGCUGGGAUGUCAGCGGACAAAAGUUGGCAUAUGGCUCGAACAGUAGAGUGAGCUCUUCUCGCGAGGUACCCCUUGACCCCAUGCCCACGAACAUGACGCUGACGUUGUUGCACAGCUUGCCGUAA